UCGACUUGAGAAGACUUCUCUGCAGGUUGAGCGUUGUUUCUUAUAUUCAUUAUAGUCUUUAGUGACAAAAAAACCAAGAACGUUGAUAAAUGCAGCAGUUACUGGUGGAGAAAGCCAUGACGGCAGACAGCAGCAAUGGACUGAAUAACAAGAGUGACGGCAAAGACUACAGAAGAAAUAGACUGAUGGUCGGACUGGACCUUUUCUGUCUGUUUCUAGCUGCGCUGCCUUUUCUCAUCAUAGAGUCUGGUGCUGUGAAGCCCUACAGACGCGGCUUCUAUUGUUCAGAUGAAUCCAUCAAAUAUCCCUCCAAACACAGAGACACGAUCAGCGAUGGCGUUCUCUCAGCUGUGGGCAUGCUCGUAGUCAUUCUCUCUAUCACAAUAGGCGAGAGCUACAGAAUUCGUCAUCUUCAUAAAAGCCCCGUCACGUUUGUGGGGAACCCGUACAUCUCUGCUCUCUACAAGCAAGUGGGUGUGUUCAUGUUUGGCUGUGCAGUCAGUCAGUCCUGCACAGACAUCGCCAAAGUCUCCGUGGGCCGCUUACGACCUCACUUCUUAGAUGUGUGCCAGCCGGAUUUAGCCUCCGUCAACUGUUCAUUGGGUUACAUCACUGAAUACAGAUGCACAGGAGAUGACAGUAAAGUUCAGGAAGCAAGGAAAUCCUUCUUUUCUGGCCACGCCUCCUUCUCAAUGUACACAAUGCUGUAUUUAGUACUGUACCUGCAGUCCCGGUUAUCCUGGCGAGGGGCUCGUGUUCUCAGACCGCUCCUCCAGUUCACCCUGCUCAUGAUGGCGUUUUACACCGGCCUGUCACGUGUCUCCGAUCACAAGCAUCACCCCACUGACAUACUCGCAGGCUUUGCUCAGGGAGCUCUUGUGGCAUACUGCACUAUGUUUUAUGUGUCAGACCUCUUCAGGUCAAAAGGCAGGAGCUCUUCUCUGUCGACUGCCACCAGAAAGAUAGAGCGUCUAUCACCUGUGGACAUAAGGGAACGGAGCAAUCAUCUCUCUAUAGCGUGAGGAUGAAUCAGUGGACUGGCUGAAGAUGAAUACAUGUAACUUCAACACCACUAUGUAAUCCACAUUACAUACAAAACUGUUUGUGUGUUAUAAACACAGAUGUGACUGACAUGAUACCUCAUGAUUAUACAUCAUAUGCUCGUAAACUUUACUCUUUUUUUUUUUUUAAACAAAUUCCUGUGCCUCUGGAAGGAUGAUUAGUUCUAUUAAAUAAAUGACUUUUACUUACACAACAACUUUAAAAAAGUUUAAAUGUUAAUGGUUAAAACUGUGCUCUGUUGUUAAAUGUGUAGUUUUUUGUGUUAGAGUGUAGAAUGGUAGAUGUGUGUUAAAGAAUCUCUUUGUUAAAUGGACAGGUUGAUUUUAUUUACAGGACCUCCUUCUGCCGGAUGGAAGGAACCUGCAAGGGUGGAAUGUAUUGUUUUUAAUCUAAUGGCACAAUUUAACUCUCUGUAUUUUUGUGUGACAAAGUUUUGAUUAAGAAUACAGACAGGACAGCUUUCAUUAAGGUUUGUUUUUUCUUUGUACGUUAAGUGGCAUCUAUAGACGGUUUUAUCUUAACAACAUAAACGAACGUUACUGCGCAUGCGCACUUUUGUGACCCCACCUUAACUUCCGGUACACAUUCACAAACAAUAGAGCGCAUGUAGAUUAUUUCUGAUAACAAUCAAAAGAUACUGAACCGCUACUUUUCAAUCUUGUCCCGACAUUAGUUUGAAUAAAGACUGAGAUUCCAAACUCAACCGCUAGAUAUCAUUGUACCGUAUGGUUUCUUUAAUUGAGAAUAAACUACAGGACCCAUUCAACAAAUUGUUUAUUCAAUUAAAUGAACAUACAACAAAAUUAAGUAAAAUGUUUAUUUAAUUCAAUAACUAUGCAAUAAAACAAUGAUACUGUAUCUAUUAAUAUUAUCAUAAAUAAAAUAUAAAUAGUUAUAUUAUCAAACACAAACCGGAAGUUAAC